AUGCCGGAUUGGGAGUUCCGAACAAAUGAGACGGCCAAGGAAGAUAGCGAAUUCAGCUUUGGAAUCAAGAUGCCUUCGUUCGGAUUCGGCAAAGGUGCCAAGGUUCCCAAGCUGGAUGGCGUUGACGGUCUUCUUGGCUACCUUCUUCCCGAGUCUGAGCUGCCAAAGCUUCGUAUCCGCGACAACACAGAAGUGAAUGUCAUUGACUUACCCGAUAUGAAGGGCAGGGAGGUUGUCGUCAGUACCGAGAUCCCUGAUGUUGACCUUCCGAAGCUCUCUGCCGAUCUGAAGACUGAGAAGAUCACCCUGCCUGACGGAAAGAUCAAGAAUGUGUUGACGCAGAAAUUCAAGGGCAACGCCGAGCUACCCCUACCUAAGGUGUCUGGCGCAGACAUUGACGACAUCAAGCUUCCCGAUGGCUCGAUAAAAACAUCGUACAAGCCCAAGGCUGGCUUCAAGUGGCCCCAAAUCUCACUGCCAUCUCUACAACUUCCCGACUGGGAGUUUGGUUCUGGUGAUAGGUCGCCAAGCCCGGAGAGAAAGGAGAAAGACAAGGAAGAUAGCGACUUCAGCUUUGGAAUCAACAUACCUUCGUUCGGAUUCGGCAAAGGUGCCAAGGCUCCCAAGCUGGAUGGCGUUGACGGUCUACUUGGCUACCUUCUGCCAGAGUCUGAGCUGCCAAAGCUUCGUAUCCGGAACAACACAGAGGUGAAUGUCAUCGACUUACCCGAUAUGAAGGGCAGGGAGGUUGUCGUCAGUACCGAGAUCCCUGAUGUUGACCUUCCGAAGCUGUCUGCCGAUCUGAAGACUGAGAAGAUCACCCUGCCUGACGGAGAGAUCAAGAAUAUGUUGACGCAGAAAUUCAAGGGCAACGCCGAGCUACCCCUACCUAAGGUGUCUGGCGCAGACAUUGACGACAUCAAGCUUCCCGAUGGCUCGAUAAAGACAUCGUUCAAGCCCAAGGCUGGCUUCAAGUGGCCCAAGAUCUCACUGCCAUCUCUACAACUUCCCGACUGGGACUUUGGUUCUGGUGAUAGGUCGCCAAGCCCGGAGAGAAAGGAGAAAGACAAGGAAGAUAGCGACUUCAGCUUUGGGAUCAAGAUGCCUUCGUUUGGAUUCGGCAAAGGUGCCAAGGUCCCCAAGCUGGAUGGCGUUGACGGUCUUCUUGGCUACCUUCUGCCAGAGUCUGAGCUGCCAAAGCUUCGUAUUCGCGACAACACAGAGGUUGAUGUCAUUGACUUACCCGAUAUGAAGGGCAGGGAGGUUGUCGUCAGUACCGAGAUCCCUGAUGUUGACGUUCCGAAGCUCUCUGCCGAUCUGAAGACAGAGAAGGUCAUCCAGCCUGACGGAAAGAUCAAGAAUGUGUUGACGCAGAAAUUCAAGGGCAACGCCGAGCUACCCCUACCUAAGGUGUCUGGCGCAGACAUUGACGACAUCAAGCUUCCCGAUGGCUCGAUAAAGACAUCGUUCAAGCCCAAGGCUGGCUUCAAGUGGCCCAAGAUCUCAUUGCCAUCUCUACAACUUCCUGACUGGGAGUUUGGUUCUGGUGAUAGGUCGCCAAGCCCGGAGAGAAAGGAGAAAGACAAGGAAGAUGGCGACUUCAGCUUUGGGAUCAAGAUGCCUUCGUUCGGAUUCGGCAAAGGUGCCAAGAUUCCCAAGCUGGAUGGCGUUGACGGUCUUCUUGGCUACCUUCUUCCCGAGUCUGAGCUGCCAAAGCUUCGUAUCCGCGACAACACAGAAGUGAAUGUCAUUGACUUACCCGAUAUGAAGGGCAGGGAGGUUGUCGUCAGUACUGAGAUCCCUGACGUUGACCUUCCGAAGCUGUCUGCUGAUCUGAAGACGGAGAAGAUCGCCCUGCCUGACGGAAAGGUCAAGAAUGUGUUGACGCAGAAAUUCAAGGGCAACGCCGAGCUACCUCUACUUAAGGUGUCUGGCGCAGACAUUGACGACAUCAAGCUUCCCGAUGGCUCGAUAAAGACAUCAUUCAAGCCCAAGGCUGGCUUCAAGUGGCCCCAAAUCUCACUGCCAUCUCUACAACUUCCCGACUGGGAGUUUGUUUCUGGUGAUAGGGCGCCAAGCCCGGAGAGAAAGGAGAAAGACAAGGAAGAUAGCGACUUCAGCUUUGGGAUCAAGAUGCCUUCGUUCGGAUUCGGCAAAGGUGCCAAGGUUCCCAAGCUGGAUGGCGUUGACGGUCUUCUUGGCUACCUUCUGCCAGAGUCUGAGCUGCCAAAGCUUCGUAUCCGCGACAACACAGAGGUGAAUGUCAUCGACUUACCCGAUAUGAAGGGCAGGGGGGUUGUCGUCAGUACCGAGAUCCCUGAUGUUGACCUUCCGAAGCUCUCUGCCGAUCUGAAGACUGAGAAGAUCACCCUGCCUGACGGAAAGAUCAAGAAUGUGUUGACGCAGAAAUUCAAGGGCAACGCCGAGCUACCCCUACCUAAGGUGUCGGGCGCAGACAUUGACGACAUCAAGCUUCCCGAUGGCUCGAUAAAGACAUCGUUCAAGCCCAAGGCUGGCUUCAAGUGGCCCAAGAUCUCACUGCCAUCUCUACAACUUCCAGACUGGGACUUUGGUUCUGGUGAUAGGUCGCCAAGCCCGGAGAGAAAGGAGAAAGACAAGGAAGAUAGCGACUUCAGCUUUGGAAUCAAGAUGCCUUCGUUCGGAUUCGGCAAAGGUGCCAAGGUUCCCAAGUUGGAUGGCGUUGACGGUCUUCUUGGCUACCUUCUGCCAGAAUCUGAGCUGCCCAAGCUUCGUAUCCGCGACAACACAGAGGUUGAUGUCAUUGACUUACCCGAUAUGAAGGGCAGGGAGGUUGUCGUCAGUACCGAGAUCCCUGAUGUUGACCUUCCGAAGCUGUCUGCCGAUCUGAAGACUGAGAAGAUCACCCUGCCUGACGGAGAGAUCAAGAAUGUGUUGACGCAGAAAUUCAAGGGCAACGCCGAGCUACCCCUACCUAAGGUGUCUGGCGCAGACAUUGACGACCUCAAGCUUCCCGAUGGCUCGAUAAAGACAUCGUUCAAGCCCAAGGUUGGCUUCAAGUGGCCCAAGAUCUCACUGCCAUCUCUACAACUUCCAGACUGGGACUUUGGUUCUGGUGAUAGGUCGCCAAGCCCGGAGAGAAAGGAGAAAGACAAGGAAGAUAGCGACUUCAGCUUUGGAAUCAAGAUGCCUUCGUUCGGAUUCGGCAAAGGUGCCAAGGUUCCCAAGCUGGAUGGCGUUGACGGUCUUCUUGGCUACCUUCUGCCAGAAUCUGAGCUGCCCAAGCUUCGUAUCCGCGACAACACAGAGGUUGAUGUCAUUGACUUACCCGAUAUGAAGGGCAGGGAGGUUGUCGUCAGUACCGAGAUCCCUGAUGUUGACCUUCCGAAGCUGUCUGCCGAUCUGAAGACUGAGAAGAUCACCCUGCCUGACGGAGAGAUCAAGAAUGUGUUGACGCAGAAAUUCAAGGGCAACGCCGAGCUACCCCUACCUAAGGUGUCUGGCGCAGACAUUGACGACCUCAAGCUUCCGAUGGCUCGAUAA